AUGGGAUCAGACUACGAGUACUCCGACGACGAUGGCGAGUAUUACGAUGAUGAAGAGAUGUUUGACGGCACGCAAGACGAAGGGGAUGAUGUAGAUAUGGACAAUUUUGGUGACGACUUCAAAGUAGCGGGUAAGGGGAAGCGGAAAUCAUACGAAGUGGACUACGACUCGCUCAGUCAGCAAGCGGUGGAAAAACUCAUGCAGCGAGAUGUGGAUCAUAUCUGUGGCAUCUUUGGUGUAGAUACUGACACGGCCAAUUUGCUCCUGCGCCACAUGAAGUGGAACAAAGAGCGCCUGAUCGAGAAGUUCAUGGAUAACGCGACAUCCGUGCUGGUUGCAGCAGGUGUGGCAGCUCCAGAACCGGCAUCUCCACCAGCUCCUGUGCGUACACAUAACAAUUCGGCGCCAAAUUCAUCAACCACUCGCCGGCCUACUACACGUGGCUCAAAGCUUCUAUCGCUCGCCUCUGGAUCCAAAUCAGCCAAGUCCCCUCCCUCCACGCCGAAGCCAAUGCAACGGCAGUUAUCAAAGAAGCAAGACGAGCCGUUUGUGUGUCAGAUCUGCUUCAACGAUGCGCCUGACCUCCAGACUCUGUCUCUGGGGUGCGACCACGCGUUCUGUACCGAAUGCUGGACGGACUACAUCGUCUCAAAAAUUCGAGACGAAAGCGAGCACUCAAUCCGGUGCAUGGCUGAGGGGUGCGCCCUCGUCGCACCUGACUCUUUCAUCCGAUCCGUACUUCUUCCUGAGACGGGAGCGGAUCCGGAAAAGCAGGAAUUCAAUGAGAAGACAUGGUCGCGUUUACAAGAGCUCUUUGUGCGCCACUUUGUCGGCUGCAACUCGAGUCUCAAGUUUUGCCCGUACCCUUCGUGCACGAACACGGUAUCGUGUCCGUCUGCGGCCUCAAAGUCGAGUCUGACGACCAUAGUACCCACUGUGUCGUGCGGGGCACGUGGGAUCGGGAACAGUGCCCAGGACCCGGCGCAGAGCCAACAGGCUAGCCUGGGGCUUCAGGGGAAAGAGCACAAGUUUUGCUUUGGAUGCGAUAUUGAGAGCGACCACCGGCCGGUCAUCUGCGGCGUCGCGAGAAUGUGGCUUAAGAAAUGCCGCGACGAUAGUGAGACCGCGAACUGGAUCAAGAGCAACACGAAGGAAUGUUCUGCUUGCCAAAGCACGAUCGAGAAGAACGGCGGUUGCAACCAUAUGACGUGCAAGAAAUGCAAACACGAAUUCUGCUGGGUUUGCAUGGGUCCUUGGAGUGAGCACGGUACUGCAUGGUACUCCUGCAAUCGCUUCGACGAGAAGACUGGCGUCGACGCUCGCGAUGCUCAAAGCAGGAGUCGCGCGUCGCUCGAACGUUAUCUCCACUACUACAAUCGCUGGGCGAACCACGAGCAGUCUGCGAAGCUCUCUUUGGAUCUCUACGCCAAAACGGAGAAGAAGAUGGAAGAGAUGCAGAUCACUUCCGCGUUGACGUGGAUCGAGGUGCAGUUUAUGAAGAAAGCUGUCGAAGAAGUCGACAAGUGCCGCAUGACCCUUAAAUGGACGUAUGCGAUGGCCUACUAUCUUGCGAAAGGCAAUGAGAAAGAGUUGUUUGAGGACAACCAGAGGGAUCUAGAGAAGGCGGUAGAAGACCUUUCAGAGCUCCUUGAAUCCCAGAUCGAGGCUGAACAAAUCCCGACGCUGAGGCAGCAAGUCACGAACAAGACAGUUUACGUGCAGAAGCGAAACGAGAUCGUAUUAGAAGAUACCGCCAAUGGAUUCCUAGAAGGACGAUGGAGGUGGAAUGUACCUGUACCAGGCUUCGACGAUCCUGUCGAGACUGCAUAA